GAAGAAAAAGAAUAUCACUCAGUCUAAUCAAGAUCAAUCUUAACAGUCAAAACAUCCGCGCGCACACAGAUAUACAUCCGACCUGCCUUAAAUACUUUAUCUGAAAUUCGGUGACUUUGGCUCAAGUCAAGUGCCCCACCACGGAGACUUCCGUAACCGUGAGUGUUCUCCAAAGCGUCCAUCCAACCGGGGCGGCUUGGUAGACCAGCCCAAAUCGGGUACUGGUUGUCGUCACGCUUGUUGCCAUUUUUUCUGGCUUAUCGUUACCAAAGCACCACCCCAAGCCUUGCCCCUUUGCUUAUUCUAUCUUUCGCCAUUUUUUGUCGCCAAUCUUGCCUCCCGCCAUUUGAUAUCUGCCAAAUUUAUCCUGGCUAUCUCCCCUGGGAGUCAUCCAUGCCAGGAAUAUAGGGCCUGUCCAUCGCGUUGGCGCUCUUCUAUAUUCGGCGGUUCCAAUCUUCGCAAUGGCAACCUCCCCCGCGGGGGGCCAAUCCGAGCCCAGGGGUACGUGAGGUGACAGACAGUUCAGCUGGUGGUAGUCGCACUUUCCAGCCCUGCUGCAGUGUCUACUACCUUUGUUCGCAACUAACGCAGAAACAAAAUCUCCCCCUUUGUGAUUUUAUCCUGUUCUGCCCAAGAUGUGGUUCAAUUCCAUGUACCCUUUGCUCAAUCUGCCGCCUAGCAGGUACCUACCUACACCUUGGGUAUUCAGUUGCUGAUGAUAUCCUCCACGCAAAGCAGCGCCCACAGAUGUCCAUGCCGGCACUUCCGAACCACAGGCGCCAGCCGAGCCUCCAGCAGUAGUAGUAGCACCAGCACCGACAUCUCCAACACAAACGCCAGCGCCAACGCCAAAUUCACAGCCAACAGCACCCUCCGUGCGCUUUCGGUCCGUCGUUGAAGAGAUCGGCCCGGAGGUGGUGCAAUCGGGAUCGUCUCCAGAAGUCCCUGCUCCCGUCGACGCCCAUGAACUCGGUGAGGUCACACCAGCCCAGCUGAGUGCGUUGGCCAAGUCGCUGCAAGGAUCUCAUUUGCAGGAGCGCCGGAUGAACAUAUUCUCAUUCCAGCCAGUAUCGCUUCCUGCCUCCAGAACCCCUUCCCAUGAAGACGAUUCUUCAAAAAACCCUACUCGUCAAAAUACCCGCAGUACCGCUGGGCAAUCACCAUUGUCGAGCCCGCGGGUUGCGCCAAUGCAUAGUCCACCUCUGACCCCCGCGGCCACUGGCCUUGCCGACGUCGACUCAAAACGCCAGGCCAAUUCCACAGCGGGCCACCGAAGUGACAUCAUCACUCCCCAAGACUCGACGGAUUCACCCCCUCGAUCUUCUAGGCCAAGCUUGCGGCCAGAUGGUUUCUCCUCGGCCGACGACGUUCCCAGGCGUCCUCGUUCGACGCACAAUGAUAGUGAUGGAUCCUCAAAAGUAGGCGGGCACCGCAAAGGCAUGUUUUCGACAGGACCUGGGAGUCUGCCGUCCUCGCGAGACUCAAGCCCGACCCGCCUGGCUGCCUCGCAACUGUACACGAGACCCUUCACUCCGGACGGCGAUGCGAACGAUCCAUAUGCAGCGCACAAGCGACCGCAGCAAAAAGCCAUCGAGCCACGUUUUCAUUUCUCUCUAGGCAGGAGAAAGCAUUCGCCCGCAUCAUCUUCCAAUAGCCUGGGGAAAGCUUCCCCGGACAAGCGCGGAUCUGCUUUGUUCCUCAGGGGCUCUGAUCUCAACCGGGAGACCAGUUCCACUCCGACAAUUAAUAGUAGGCCUAACUCGAUGGCGGACUUGAAGCGAUUUUUCAAGGUCGGGCCUCACAAGAAGCGCGCCUCAUCCCCAUCUCCGUCUGUCAAAUCGACCCAGGUCUCGACAAGUUCCAAAAGCCAGGCCCAGAUUCCCUUUGGUAGUGAUCAUGGUCUAUCUUCCAAGUAUGGGAAACUGGGCAAAGUUCUCGGCUCAGGGGCCGGUGGAUCGGUUAGGUUAAUGAAGCGGGCAGAAGACAACACAGUUUUCGCGGUGAAGGAGUUCCGACCAAGGCAUACGUACGAAACGGAGAAGGAGUACGUCAAGAAGUUGACAGCCGAGUAUUGUAUCGGCUCGUCACUACAUCACGGUAACAUCAUCGAGACUCUUGACAUUGUGCAAGAAAAGGGCAAGUGGUAUGAGGUUAUGGAGUACGCUCCAUAUGAUCUUUUCGCCAUUGUCAUGACAGGAAAACAGUCGCGCGAAGAGGUGACGUGCUGCUUCCUCCAGAUUCUUAGUGGAGUCACGUAUCUGCAUGGCAUGGGUCUUGCGCACCGAGAUUUGAAAUUGGACAACGUUGUGGUCAGCGAACACGGCAUAAUGAAGAUAAUCGAUUUUGGAAGCGCUCAUGUCUUCAAAUAUCCUUUCGAGAACGGAAUUAACCUAGCAAAAGGGAUUGUGGGAUCCGAUCCAUAUCUAGCACCCGAGGUGUAUGAUGAACGGAGAUAUGACCCUGCAGCAGUCGAUAUAUGGUCACUGGCGAUCAUCUACUGUUGCAUGACAUUGCGCCGCUUCCCCUGGAAGGUCCCCCGCAUGACCGAUAACUCGUUUAAACUAUUUGCUUCCGAGCCAACACCAGGUCACGACCCAAAGAAGCUGGUUUUGCCGUCCCACCAGUCCUCAUCGGCACUCACUGAGAUACCGGCGCGAGACAUCUUUGUCCAGAGCGACGAGAACAAGUCAACUGUCGAGCAGAACAACAACCCACAGCCACAGAAGGUGGAAGGACCAACAAGCACCGGCACUGAGACCAACACGGGGGGUUCCAAUAUUGGUAACAGCUCGGCGCCUGAGAAGCGUGAGGUUAUUCGGGGGCCUUGGCGGAUCCUCCGACUGUUGCCGCGCGAGAGUCGACAUGUUAUCAGCCGUAUGUUGAUGAUAAAUCCUAAGGAGAGGGCCAAGAUGGAGGAGAUCAUUGAGGAUCCUUGGGUUGCAAACACCGUCAUCUGUCGACAAGAAGCCCCCGGCCAGGUUUUCCAAGCAGAGGACCACACUCACAUCUUGGAGCCCCCGGCGGCCCCCUCAAGCACACCUGCUGCGGCACCUGCCAAAUAGCGACUGUUGCAGGUGAAGGCUAUUUUUUCUUCUGCCCACGCGGAAAUUCAUUACCAUCACACUGCUAAUAUCUAGCGCUUCUCAAGUCCUGCGCAAAAUCACAGACGACCUGGAUUAUAUCGAUCGCGUAGAGACGGGAAUGAGUGAUUGUGUAUAUUGUUGUUCUCUUUUUUUUUUGUUACUGGGGAUUCUGGGGUACAUUUGCAUGUAGCAUUCUAGGGGCCGGGCUUGCAUAAAGGGUUGCAUUAGACCAGCUCAUUGAGCACUAGAAUGGGGACUCGGGAAAUAUACGAAGGGAUUCUUGGAUUCUCCCUUGGACUUCCGAUAUGGAAAUAUAGUUUACGAGACAGCACUCUCGACCAAUUGAAGAGUUAUUCGACCAUUAAAAAAAAACAUCAAAGGCAUAUGUAAUUGACCUCAUUGACC